AUGGUGCUGCCGCGUGUAAUCGAGGAGAAAUCGCACAUUGAAAAGUUAUUUCGCCAACGCGCUCAAAAUGAUACCAAUUCAACGACUUUAGCCAAUACCUUGGAAAAAGAUAUACAGACUGUAUUUAAUAGUCCGGAAAAAUUUGUAAUGGAAUUAUUGCAAAAUGCAGACGAUGCCAGUUGUGGUGAUACAUCGGUGGAUGUACGUUUUCGAUUUUAUAACGGUUAUUUAGCAUUUUCCCAUAAUGGUAAACAUUUUGAUGAAGAAGAUGUCGAAGCAAUUUGUGAUAAUGCCCAACAAAACUUGCAUUCAAAAAGGCUUAAUAUCAAUAAGACCGGAUAUAAAGGGAUUGGCUUUAAAUCGGUAUUUAUUAUUGCCGAUUGUACUUAUAUUAUUUCUAGGAAUUAUUGCUUUCGAUUUGAUCGUGAUUAUACUAAUUGGAAAGAAAGUGAUAGUGAUGAAAAUCGAGCUGGCCGUUAUCCUUGGCAAAUUAUUCCAAUUUGGACAGAACCAUGUGAUGUACCCAAGAUAUUGCAAUUGAAUCCAGCUGAUGUCAAUUUUUUAUUUCGAUUACGCAGUAAUAAUGAUGUUAUUGUAUCUGCGCUAAAUAUUUUGAGUAAUACACCACGAACUAUGCUAUUUUUACGCCAUAUCCAAAAUAUCGUCAUUGAUAAUCAUGGUAGUAUUACAUGUAUUAACCGACGCAAUGAGCUUACCUCGCAGCAACGUUAUGACUUAUACCUAAAUAAUGUAUUGAAGAGCUCUUGGCAUGUUAUGGCCUAUAGUGUCAAUAUUCCAAAGACAGUCUUAGCUCAGUUACAGGCAAUGGGACCGCAAGAAUGCCCCGAAAAGCUUAAAAAAGCUAAAAAUAUAGAGAUUAAAUUUGCAAUUAAUAUCGAUCCUGUAGAAAAUACCAAGUUAAACGCUCUCGAUAAGAAUGCCAACUUAUUCUGCUACCUACCGACAUUGGUCAAUUGUGGUUUACCCUUUCUAGUGAAUACAGAUUUUUUGUUAACAGCCGAUCGAAUGCAAUUAUUAUCCAAUGCAUGGAAUAAUUUCUUAUUCGAAAGUAUUGGUAAGCUACAUAUUACUUCAUUAGCUGAAAUGGUUCAGUUUCCUGGUUUUCGGGAUGAUAUAUUAGCGUUAUUCACUCGACGAUUGCAAUCAUACACUCAACAACAAUUUAUCAAUGCUUACGAUAAAGGACUUUUAAGCGAAAUGCGAAAUGUCGCAUUUGUACCAUCCAAUACUGAUGAUUCAAGAUUGCUAAAAUACAACGAUGCUAUUGCUGAUAGUACGGGAUUUUUCAAGAUUUUUCCUGGUAUCGAUCCACCAGUUGAACAUCGGUUAAUAAAUUAUAACUUGAGUAACGUUAACAAAUUGCAACAUCAAUUUACUCUCUACGAGUUAUCAACCAUAAUUGAAAAGUAUGCCGCGAAAAGUACCAGUCUACAAUUUCAUCGCAAGCUGUUAACUUUCCUAAUGCAACAAUUUGUUGGACCAGAUAACCUUGCACGUGCUAGCCUUGGAAAUAUACAACAUUGUCUAAGUGGAAAGCGAAUUUUAUUAGCUGCCAAUUUUAAGUUAAUUUCUAGCGAUAUUGCAUACUUUCCUACUAAGAAUCAUCUUCAAAUUUACCCUAAAUUUCUCAAUAUUGAAGCUAUCCAUCCAAAGUUAUUGCAUGUGCGUGGAUUAAGGACAUGGUUAAGGAUGGUUGGUGUUAAAGAGUUGAACGAUGUUAACUUAAUUUUGGAAAUAGAAAAUAUCGUCAGAAAUAAUAUGGAAAAAUUUAAAAUAGAAUUAUCUAUGGAGAUAGUAACAUUAUUGUGUAACAUUGAUACUUCAUUAAUUUCCGGCGAUUCAAUAUUAAAUUGCUUACCGUUAUUAACCAAGGAUGGUAGUAUGAUCUCUGCAAAGUAUUGCUUUUUGCCGUCUCUACUCUACCCUGAUGUAGAUAUCGAGGAGAUAAUACAGACCGAUGUCGGGUUUGUUUCUGAAAGGUAUUGCUUAUUAAAUACAACUGAAAAAUUAAGAAAAACAUUGCUAGAUUUAGGAGUGCAACAAAAUCUUCAAUUAUGCUUACAAUCACCUGUAAACUUGGUGGAUAAAAAUAGGAUUGACUGUUUCAAGGAUUAUUAUGAACAUCUUGUUCAAAAUGAUCAAGCUGAUGUCUUGAUUGUUAGUCAAGUAAAUUUAGCUUAUAUGCCAUUAAUGCGUUGCUUAUCCCAUGAAGAUUACGCUGAACAUUUUUUUCGCCAGUUAAUGGAGCAGGAGGAUGCUGUCAUUGAAAAUUUAAAGGAUUUUAAAGUUAAAGUCCGAUCCAGUAGACAACGCAAUGAUUGCCCUAUACCAUCCUAUCUAGCUUUCAUGUUAUCCUUUACCCAGUGUAUCCAAGCCAAUGAUGGUAAAUUGUAUAAAAUGUCGGAGUUGUCCACACUAACAUUACGAAAACGAUUAGGUAAACACUUAGCUGGAUUAUUACCACAAAUGAAAUGUGACCUUGGGCAAUCAGUGAUUAAAUUGUCUGAUGACCUUAUGCUUUUACUUGGUGCUCGCGAUAUUUUAGCUAUUGAAAAUGCCGUAAAAUUACUACAAGUUGCAGCUAUGGAUAGCUCACCGAAGCAACAAAAGUACUUUAAGAGAAUUUAUUUGGCAAUGAUUAAGUCAUCAUAUACUGCUGAUGAGCAGAAAUAUCUUCGACAUCAAAAUAUAUUACUCUUAGCUUCGGAUAAUUCAUUGCAAGAUUUUAAAUCUUUAUACUUUAUUUGUGGCGACGAUUUUGACAUUAGCCAUAAUAAGAAAUUAAUAAAAUCAAUGCCAGGUCUAACGAGUGAUGCUAUGCUCGUAAUUUGUCGGUAUUUUAAAAUUCGUGAAAUAAAACUCGAUGACUUGCAAAUUAAAUAUAGAAAGGCAAAAGUCAACACAAAUUUAAAAAGGGAUAUUGUUAAUCUUUUUAAAUUAACUGCCAGUAUUGAAGAAGAUGUCGAAUCUGAUAAGGUAGCUAUGAACUCAAAAUGGAUUGACAAAUUGACUAAAAUUGAUUUUGUAGCGGUUGAAGAAUUGGUAUUGGUUUACUCAUCGACAUCUAAAAUUUGCUUUGAGGCAAGAGCAUUUCUUCAUAAUGGAAGACUCUCAUACGAACGCAGUUGUCCUCGUUAUAUGCGACGCAUUUUAGAUAUUUUGGUCAAUCAUUUCGAUUUAUCAGUAGAAGCUACAAGUUUAUUGUUUGAACUGGCAUCUAUGACUACUCAAGCUGAUCGUUUAGAUUGGUUGGAAGAUAAUGGUUAUGACAUUCGUAAGCUAAAUUAUAUUGAAAAAGAUGAAUGUCGUAGCUCAAGUAGAAGGAAAAAGUCGAACUCCUUGCAAUCCAAAGAAGGUUUUGAUGGUAAUAGUAAUUCUCCUAGCAUUCAGGGACUAAAUAGGACUCCAGCAAUGGAUACAGGUUGUGCAGUAGCUGCCAUGAUUACAAAACGAAGAAAUCGUAUGCAGUCGGAUGUAUCAAAUGGAAUGAUCCGUCCCAAAGAAUUUGUCAUAAAAUUAAGAAAUGACCAGGCUUUGUUUGCUAAUUCUGCUAAUGGUAAUACUGAUGCUUUGACAAAUAUGAAUGAUAGUGAAUCACAAAUAUUCUCUUCUGACCAUGAUAUUGGUAGUCCUAAUGGUUUAUCAUCAGUACAAGGAACUGUAGCUUCUAAAGCUUCUGACCUAAGCCUCGAUCGAGGAAACAAUAAAAUGAGUUUAAGUAAGAAAUAUUUUUCUUCAGUUCUUGAAUUAAUGAAUAGAAAGGCAAAACUUCCACGUAAACGUAAGCAUGAUGAAUUGGAUUUAUCUACGGAAGGCCAUUCUUUAGGUAAUCAUUGCUUUGUAAAUGAAGAAGGUUAUGAAAUUAGGAAUGAAUCAGUUACUGAAGAUCAUGAAAGUGCUCAAUGGGGAGUAGAAUUCUUAUUCUAUUACUUACAAGUGCAUUAUCGGGGAAAGUAUCCUACAUGCAGUUAUGAAGAGACUGACGAAGGGUUUUUAUUGAAAGGUGUUGAUGAAUACAACAAAAUGUUAUCGCUAAAAGUAAAUUGCCAUGGUUUAAAAUCGAAUAGUAAGGAUCGUCCGGUUGACAUUGAAAUUAUAAAAAAUAACAGCAAACGAUUUAUCAAAGUGAAAUCUACUACCAAGGAUGGAGAUAUGAUUAUCAAAAUCAGUAGAAAUGAGUGGAAGUUUAUGCGUGCAUCGGGAAGUCGCUAUCAGUUAUUUUGUGUCUAUGGUAUACGCCAGCUAGAUAAAAAAAAUGGAGAUGCUUUACGAAAGGGGUGUGCUGAAUACAAGUAUAGAAUAUGUCGUGUAACACAUUAUAGUAAAAGUAUUUGUAAGCAUUUACGGAAACAACGCAAUGAUACCCGCUUUUGUGUUGGAUGA